GGCGAGGCUGAGCGCGGAGAACAGACACGAGAGUCCGGUGAAACGUCCGUCAAUGAAUCCGGUGCGUUAACUGAGUUCGAUAGGGUGUGGAGAGAAAGAUGUGUUUGUGACCGGAGCUCGCAUCUUCAUUAAAUCGCUGAAUCUCCUGUUCUGAUCGGACGGCGCGCGCUCACGGUCCAGACGCGGCAGAAUGGACGGACUUUACGACCAACAAGUGCCUUUCAUAAAGUCUAAUAAUCCUCGGGGAAAGACGUCGAGCACGAGACCAGCGAAGGACAGAAAAAGAAAAUUCAUUAACUCUGACCUGGCGCUGGACACCGAGGAGCUGUUUCAAGAUCUCAGUCAACUUCAGGAGACCUGGCUCGCCGAAGCUCAAGUUCCUGAUAAUGACGAGCAGUUUGUUCCAGACUUUCAGAGUGAAAACUUGGGGCUCCACGGGCUGCAGUUGAGGCUGAAGCGAGAGCCUCACAGUCCCUGUGCUGAUCUGGGCUCAGCCUGCAGUCAGGAGAGGCCCUUCAGACUCCACUAUGGGGAGAAGUGCCUCUAUAACAUCAGUGCCUACGAGCAGAAGCAUCCGUCGGGAAUGAAGGCCUCCAGCCCAGUGUCGACCCCCUGCAGCACCCCUGUGUCCCCUGGACAGCAUGUGUCUCCCACUGCUGCCCCGACCCCAAAACCAGAGCGGACGUACCCACACCUCGCACCCCCACAGCCCCUGCCCGACAGUGCAUAUCCCAUAGACCACAGAUUCCGCCGGCAGUUGUCGGAGCCCUGUCAUUCGUUCCCCUCUCCUUCAAUGUCCCGGGACGGACGGCCCAUGUACCAUCGACAGAUGUCAGAGCCCAGCAUCCCCUUCCCUCCUCAGGGCUUCAAGCAGGAGUACGUGGACCCCCUAUUCGAGCAUCCGGCCAUGAUGGGGGCGCCGCUCCCCCAGCCGUACACACACUCCAUGAUGAUCAAGCAAGAGCCUCGCGACUUCACCUACGACUCAGAAGUGCCUAGCUGUCACUCUGUAUAUCUCAGACAAGAGGGAUACCUGGCACACAGUAACAGAACUGAAGGCUGUAUGUUUGACAAAGUUGCAAGGCACUUCUAUGAUGACACUUGUGUGGUACCGGAAAAGGCAGAGGGUGACAUAAAGCAGGAGGCGGGGCUUUACCGUGAAGGGCCGACCUAUCAGAGACGUGGCUCUCUGCAGCUCUGGCAGUUUCUAGUGGCUCUGCUGGAUGAUCCCUCAAACUCACACUUCAUCGCGUGGACCGGCCGGGGCAUGGAGUUUAAACUCAUUGAGCCCGAGGAGGUACUGACUAAUUGA